AUGGUGUUUGCUGUGAAUGAAAUCAAUGAGAACCUUAAACUUUUACCCAACAUCACCUUGGGGUUCCAGAUCUAUGAAAGUUACUUCAGUGCCCGCAUGGCUAAUCAAAAUACGCUGAACCUUGUAUCUCGCCAUAAGAAGACUGUCCCAAAUUACAAGUGUGAUAUUGAAAAGAAUUUGAUUGCAGCCAUUGGGGGCCUUGAUUCUGAAAUCACUCUGCCCAUGGCCUCCAUCUUAACUCUCUACAAAAUUUCCCAGAUCCACCCUUUUCUGAAGAAGAUCUCGUUUAACAACAGUGCAGGAGACACCUUGUUUUUCAAUGAGAAUGGCGAAUUAGUGGAUGGAUUUGAUAUUAUCAACUGGAUAACUUUUCCAAAUCAAUCUUUCUUAAAAGUGAAAGUCGGGAAAAUGGAUCCUCAAGCUCCAUGGGACAAACAGUUGUCUAUUAAUGAGAAGAUUAUUACCUGGCAUGAUACAUUUGGAGAGGUUGUGCCCUUGUCCCUGUGCAACCAUCACUGCCUUCCAGGCUAUACCAGACAAAGCAAAGAAGGGGAACAAUUUUGUUGCUAUGGUUGUGCUGAAUGUCCAUCAGGAAAGAUUUCCAACCAAACAGAUAUGAAUGACUGCUUCAAAUGCCCUGAAGAUCAAUAUCCGAACAAAGAAAAAAUCCAAUGCCUUUCCAAGGAACUCAAUUACCUGAGUUAUGUUGAUCCUUUAGGCACAGGUUUGUCUGUUAUGGCUCUUGCUCUUUCUACAACCACAGUCUUGGUGCUUGGAAUCUUUAUUAAGCACCGGAAAACUCCUAUUGUCAAAGCAAACAACCAAACUCUCACUUACGUUCUCCUUAUUUCGCUCCUUCUCUGCUUUCUCUGUUCUCUGUUAUUCAUUGGCUGCCCCAAGUCACUGACUUGCCUUUUCCGACAAACUACAUUUGGGAUCAUCUUCUCGGUAGCUGUUUCUUCUGUCCUGGCCAAAACAAUUAUAGUGGUUCUUGCUUUCAUGGCUACUAAACCUGGAGCUGGAAUAAGGAAAUGGGUGGGGAACAGAUUUGCAUCUGCUAUUGUUUUGUGUGGCUCGCUUAUUCAAACUAGUAUUUGCAUGAUAUGGCUGGGUACUGAUCCUCCAUUUCUAAAUUUAGAUAUGACAACUCUGCCUAAAGAAAUUGUAUUGGAAUGCAAUGAAGGGUCGGGAAACAUGUUUUACUAUAUUCUGGGUUACAUGGGAUUUCUGGCUCUCAUCAGCUUCACGGUAGCUUUCUUGGCUCGGAAACUGCCAGACACAUUUAACGAAGCCAAAUUUAUCACCUUUAGCAUGUUGGUCUUUUGCAGUGUCUGGUUGUCUUUUGUCCCAACUUAUCUAAGUACCAAAGGGAAAUACAUGGUGGCUGUGGAGAUCUUCUCCAUUUUGGCUUCCAGCACUGGGUUACUGGGUUGCAUCUUUGCUCCGAAAUGUUACAUCAUCAUUUUGAGGCCUGAUCUUAAUAGCAAAGGACAAUUAAUAAGAAAAAACAAGAAGGAAAAUAACUUUUGA